CUGACUGAGGUGAAAUGACACGGGAAAAGCACGGUGUAUGAAAAGUGGGAAAAGAGUUUUCCAUUAUCGGAGUGAGCUUGGUGAAAAAAUGGUGUUUUGUUUUCGACUCUAGAUUCCUGUUUGUUGUGUAGUUUUGUGGAAUCGAUUAUUAAUCAAGCUUUCGUUUAGGAGGUGUGAACUGGCCAGCAGGUGGUCGACAGGAGACUAGUGCUUUUGUUCUGCCCGUCGAUAGGACGUGUGAUAAAAGUGCAUCGCCAGGGUAUUUUUUUUUUCUGCAACUACUCGCGUAAUUAAACCUCGGUGAGGGAAAAAAAGAGGAAAAUUGUGUUCACAUAUGUUUCGGAAAAAUUGAGCUUUCUCGGCUUGCUUCGACUUGCAGAGUGCUGUGAAAAUGAUCGGAGUGUGGUAAUUAGUUGGAGCAUCACAAUUGGAGCGGAAAAUUGAGUUUUCACCCGUAAUUCCUUGGAAAAGCAACCUCUCGGGGAAGGACGAGCAGAAGUAGAGUGUGGAAGCUUGCAGGGUGCAGGAAGUUAGUCUUUUGUUGCGGUAUUUGAACUGUGUGGAAUUGCGUCUCAGUGACGAACACUGCGUUGCAGCACCUGUGGAAAGGUGCUGGUCGUUUAGGCCAGCUGGUAAUUUUAUCGGUCAGAUCGGAUCAGAGGCAGGUGGCUGCCGCUGCAACGCUGGAUCUGAUUCGGAAAAAGAUGAAACCGUACCAGCCCUCGGACAAGUUGGUGGUACGGGACAGUGUGUCGCUCAGUAUGGAUGAAGAGCUGAGCGACGACGUCGAGGACGAGGUCUUCAUCCGGGACGGGCGUACGUGUCGGACGUACGAGGACCGUGGGGCUAAGCGACCUCUGAUGGCACCCAGGCACCGGGGAGGUAAAAAUAGCAAAUCAACAAGUUGCGGUACGUCUAGUCCGAUUCUGAAGAAGUAUCGCAGGAGACGUUGCUGGAAUUGCUGCGAGCCAUUCUGUUACGGAUUAGCUGCCAUCACUGUUCUCAUUGGUCUUAUCGUCUUGGCAGCACUCCUACUGACGGCCUUCCCUCAGCCACUGCAGAAGAUCAAAGUCUGGUUCCAUAAGGAGUCCCCCUUCGUCAUCCGGGACAAGUUCAACAAUUUCCUGUACAACGGAAUCGAAACGACCAACGACUCAAUGGAAAUUGUGCCAUGUACUCGCAUUACGGUGCAGAAGGUUUGGUCCCGGGUUGUGGCCAGGGUGAACAGUGAAAGCCCACUGCGAAAGUUGGACGUCAACGGAGAUGGAGUGCUGGAUGUGAUCGUUGGCUAUGGGAUCGACGAGAUGAUCGAUGAUACGCAUGGAUUCAUACCGAGAUGUACCUCGCUGAAGACGAAUCUGACGGAUGUGUGUGGAGGGGGAUUGCUGGCACUGAACGGGAUCAAUGGCGAUACGCUGUGGCAGAAGUGGACGUCGUUUACGAUCUUUUCGCUGAAGUGUACUAUCGAUAUCAACGCGGAUGGGCAGAACGAUUGUGUGGCUGCUGGGAGGGGAGGUCUAAUCCUUGCGGUUAACGGUCGAGAUGGAAAUAUUCUGUGGGAGCUGAAGGACUAUUCGGAUUUGGAGAGCUACUCGGACACAAGCAUAGAUCUGUACACGAUCAAUGUGGUGCGGGAUCUGAAUAACGAUGGGAUCGCGGAUGUUUUGGCGGUUCAUCUAGAGGAAUCGCUGAGAGCGCACGGUGGGCACAUUAAGCUUAUUUCCGGAGCUUCGGGAAUAAUUUUGAAAAGUAUUCCGACACCCUAUCGGGAGGAGAUGUUCGUGCCGAUUCAGGAGUUGCUGGGCAAAGAUGGUUCAGAGCAGUUUCUGUUGGUGACAGGAGGGCAAAAUUCAGCCGGGGGAAUUUACACGCUAAAGCAGGAGAGUCUGAUGAAGUUUAACAACGAGAAAGAUUUCGUUCCGGUUAUGAGAAUCGAUGCGUCCGGGUUCAUGGUGCCAGCAGUGCUAACGGACAUCAACGGCGACUCAGUGGAUGACAUUGUUGUGAAUUCAUUCAAUUCAACGAUUUACGCCUUCGAUGGAGUCAGCAAGAAACAGUUGUGGGCCUAUUCAAUUCCUGAUUCGGAGAGUGUCAGCUCGAUCGUGCCUGGACAUUUCGAUCACGAUAAUGUCACGGAUUUCAUGGUAAAGUACAACACUGGGCCAGGUUUUCCGAUCUACUACUAUUCGCAGACCACGGUUCUUAACGGAAGCAACGGGCAACCUUUAUUGGACAACACGGUGAAGGAUUCCGGUGGCCCCAAUAGUCUACUUGGAGGUUUGAGCAUUGCGCAGACAGGUGGGGGAGAUUUUUUCCUGCACUGGCAGCUGCAGUGCCGAAACAAGUAUGAAACCACAGAUGAGUACCAAUUCAUUCCUGAGAGUGACGUAAUUCAGCAAUCCCGAGCGGACACCUGCAGGCUCCGCUACAAUCAGUCUUCGGUCCUGAAGUUGUACACCAUCAACCGCCAUGUGGAACCACCGGGAGCGGUCAUCUUCUCCUCGGACGACCUAACCAUCAAGAUGAACGAAACGAUCAGCGAGCAGUUGGGAGGAAAAUACGUUGCUCCGAUCAAGCAUCCCAAAAUGAAGCUGAAGGUGAAGGACGACGGUCGAAGAGCAAGUGAAAAUCGACAAGCUCAAGUUCGCAUGGACAAAAAGCUGGAUUUGCACAGCGCUCCACCUGCUGAGGUGGUGGAAGGAAUUUCUGAGGAUAUCGGAGUGGUGAUGACCGGUCCGAAACAGGUUGCCUCUGAUCUAAGGAAACAGAAGCUACGGGAACAAAUGUUGAACACCAAUCAAAUUCCGGAGACUUUGGAGGUUGAAGAGGAGAGGAAGCGAAAGCAAAAGACGAAUCUGAAUAACGUUUACAAGAAGUUCACGUACAAUACGAAUGACGGCGAUGAGCUGUUCAACGGCAUUGAGCAGGAUAAACCCUACCUCUACUUACCUUACGAUCAAGUGGAUUCGGAUACGCGCAAUCCGUUCCUGCAGAACCAGAUGCCACCUGCUGCACCAGCACCGCCAGAUUAUGACUAUUCUGGAGUUAACGACGAAGAUGUUCCACCUGGCUAUCAACGUCCUCGCUACAGGAACAUUGGCAAUCGUUAUCCCGGGGGAAGGGAUGUCCGCAGCAAGUUUGGGGCAUUCGAUGACACUGACUUGCAUGAUCCUAGUCUGGAAGAACAGGUGUUCAACGAAUCUAACCCCAACUCUUUGAUCGUUAAAAAAGUUCUUCUGAACGAUGAGAUACUUGAGGAAUUGAAGGAGAAUGGAAGCAGCUCUAAAGGUUCUAAGGAGACAUUAUGGGAUCUGGAGUUGGAAAAGGAAGCUAAGGAGGCCAUCAAUGACGUCAGUGCCCUUAACUUUGACUACAAUAAGGAAAAGCGCCAGGCAGAUAUAACAGCAAACUCUUCCCAACCUUCAACUAUGCCUCCUCCUCCGACGACCACCGAGUCACCUCCGAACGAUAAUAUUCUUCCCUCGAUCGCGUCCACAGGGCUCCUGCUCAAGUCCCUCAGCACUUCCCCUAAGCAACCAACCAUAGACUACGUCUUCGUGAUGAAUAUCCGUGAGUCGGAGACGUAUCCACCGCUGUUCCUGGAACAGGAUAUGACCUGUGUUCAGGAAAAGCUCUCCGCGUACCGUACCUACAGUAGCGAAGAUCUUCUACACCUGGAGCAGAAAUUCCUGAAACGAUGUCUCGAGGAAAGACUCCCCAACGUGAAACCAAGCUAUCAACGGUUCGAAACGCAAAUCAUUGUCACGCGGUUGGAGAUAGGUUGCUCUUGUCCGGACGAUCUGAACCUCAAGCGUGAGGUGUGCUCCAGGUUGCAUAGCUACGAUCAGCAACGAUGGACUGAGUACAUGGGCAAUGCCGGCAGUGGCGUCUACUGAGAUCAGGGUGGAGAGGGUGAGAUGGUGUAACGGAUGACGGUGAAGACACAGGACACCACUAUAACCGUAGAAAACAUUUCUUUCCGUGUAGGGUAGGAACUCAUCCUUUUCCAAUACAAUUAUUGAGCCCUUCUAUGGCUUUGGUUCUUCCAAAAAAUAAAAACGUGCAAAACAAUAGAAGGUACCAUACAAUCGCUACGCAAAACUUCAACUGAACUACUACGACACAACUAUGUACAAAAUCUACUAUUAAAUCUACUUUAUAAACUGCUACUGAUAGAAAAGUUUAUGGAGGAUGUGAACUGGUGAAGGAAGCCAUUGUUGAGACAAACUGACAAUUCAAUCAAAUCUAUUUAUGUUGAAAGGAAAAUUGGUUUUAAAAAUGGAUAAAUUUGGAUUGGUUUUAUAUAACUAGAAAAGUUAAUUUUGUUGAACUACAUGUAUAAAUAGAACAAUGUAUCAAAUAAUAAUAAAACAUUUAGAAAUAAACAUAUUGCAAAUGGCUUAUAAACAGAAAAAUACAAGACACAAGUAAAA